CCUUCCAAAUAAAACCGCCCAUCUGUGGAGUAGUGAAUCUAUACUGGGUACUUCAGCCUUGUUCAGGGGAGCUUGUCUUUCACCCCUGAAGUUUAGCAUAGGAAAAAAAGAUACAUUUUAAACGUAAAAAAUGACGGAAGAAGAGGAUAACUGGGAUGAAGAUUUGGAAGAAGACGCCGCGGUAGCAAACGUCAUCAAAUACUUGAAUAUACAUAAACAACACUGUAAUUUCGAAGUACGGCCAUCAGCUGAAAGAGUGGACUCUGUUCCAUUGCCCUGUGGUCAUCAAAUGCCAGCAGACUAUGUUGUUGCUUGGUUCAAGUAUUAUCUUAAACAGAAAAAUACUGAAUUUUCCUGCCCUGGUUUUAAUGAGAUUCAGAGGAAAAUCUGCGGCUCAAAGCUCUCUUAUCAGGACAUCUGUCAGCUGAUACCACUGACAGACAAACAACGGGAAUACUUAGAGGAGAACCUCGCUGCACUUGUUGCUAGAAGGCUGUUUGACUUCAAAGCUUGUCCAGGAUGUCAGUCUCACGUGGAAAGACGAGAUCGGAAUAACUUGUGUGUACACUGCACUAUCUGCACGGCUAACUUGAAACGGACUUACUACUUCUGCUGGAGCUGCCGGAGGGAAUGGAAGGGCCCGGCCAAUAAUGCUGUGCGGUGUGACAACAAUGGCUGUGGACAGAGAGUGAGAACUUCAGAUCCUCUUACGCCAUGCACACCUGAGUUUAAAAGGGAAAUCCUUACACAAGAGGGAGAAGAUAUUUACCCAAUAAAAGGCAAAUCAUCUAACAGAAAACGCUUGGCACUGCUCAUCAACAAUGUCGAGUUUAAAUACAUAGAUGACAGGACUGGGGCAGAAAAGGAUGAGCUGAAAAUGGAGAUGCUGCUUAAUGGUCUGGGUUACACUGUGGUGACACUCAGAGACCUCACUGCACAGGGCAUGCUUGCUGCCUUGCGAGACUUCGCCCAGCGAGAGGAACAUGUCCAGUCGGACAGUUGCUUUGUGGUGUUGAUGUCCCAUGGAGAUGCCACUGGAAUCUGUGGAGUUUUUGAUUCCCUCAGCAGUGAUGAUGAAGAGGACAUUUUCCCAGCAGAUGAAAUCUUUAAUUGCUUGAACACUCCAAACUGUGCUGGAUUGCGGGACAAGCCAAAAAUCAUCCUCAUCCAGGCGUGUAGGGGUGAUAAAGAAGGCAGUGUAGAUGUCCAAGAUAGUAAGCCAAGACACAACAGAGGAAAAGAGCACCGUGAAAAAGACUUCUGCUGCCUGAGGUCCUGUACUCCAGACACGGUGUCCUAUAGAAACAAAGAGAAUGGCUCACAUUUCAUCCAAGAUAUUGUGGAAAUAUUUAAUAAGCAUGCCUGCCAGGACCACAUCGAGGAGCUCUUCAGAAAGGUCCUUAAGAAGUUUAAGGAGAAACAUCCAGAUCAGAUGCCAUGCAAAGAAAGAACAACGUUAUCUAAAAGAUUCUACCUCUUCCCAGGGUUGUAAAACACAGCACCUACAACUUCAGCUCUCCUUAUUAUAAACAUGAUGUAUGCAACUUUAGCAUGUUUGGAGAACACAUGGGACAUUUAAAUCAUGUUUGCAUGUUCAUAUAAUUCAUGACCAUGACAAACAGAUUUAAAUUAUUUAAGUUAUUAGAAAUAAACUAAAUUCUUACGUAAAUUCUUAUAUUUUACAGAAAUAUAAAAUCAAGAAAGUAAGCAACUGGAUGUAUUUUGGAAAUGUUUAUAACAAGUUGCAUCAUUUAUAAUGACCUGUUAGUUUGUUAAAUCUGCUGACCUAGAUUGCAGAUAUCAUUUCUUGUAACUGCUCAGCUAUAAAGUUGGAUUUCCUGUAUUUGAAAACAGAAACCAGCAACACUGUGAUCUCUGAAAUUCAUGUGUGUUAUCGGUCUUUGAAUUUAUUUUACACAGAUGGAAUGAGACAUUGAGGGUUAGAUAUCCUAUGCUUUAGGUAAACAAUAACCUCAGUCAUUCUCAAUUAAAGCAUCAGAUGCACUUGUCUCAACUCACUAAACAUUUGCUGGUUUUAUAGACUUUUGUAAUAUAUGUUGUGGAUGGUCUGAAUAUUACCUAGAUAGUCAUAGGAUUUAUUUGUGGUUAUUGCUAUGAAAAAAUAUAAUAAAGUUAAACUAUAUUUCACAGUAGAGAUGUGGAA